UAGCACAAUGAACGAUUGUUUAUCCAAUCCUCUGAGCAUAGAGAUCCAGGACACCGAAUCAGACAGCGGAAACACACCUUUCAUAAUGACGCCAUCAGAUGAACCGAUGGACUCCUCAAAUCUGUUCAACGAAUACUUCGCAGCUGCGGAACUUGCCACGGAGCGUGUGGCAACGCUAGUUAACGACAGUUUCGAUUGCAAGACCCUGUUUUGUCAGAUGGACAUGCUGCGAACGUAUAAAAAUGAUUUGGUUUGGCAGGAAAUGGCAAGGUGGAUACGUUAUGAGGAGGCAGUUGAAGAGGGCGGUCACAGAUGGUCCAAGCCGCACGUGGCUUCUCUGAGGAUGGAAGCAUUACAAGACCUGCAAAAUAUACUGUCAACGUGCCCAGUUAUUCUGGACAGCAACGCUAGAACUAUGGGGGAAAUAGCAGACGAAGUCACUGAUGCAUGGAUAAAGGAAAGACCAGCUGUAGCUUUUAUGAAAGAUCAUCUUACUGUAAUCUUGUUAAAACGACACAAAUUUCAACAUCAUACAAGAAGGAGUGAUUUGAAGAAGAGGAAUUCAUCUUCGGCAAACUUGUACAAAACGCAACAAGAACAGAACUAUAUGAACGAGGCAUAUGACAGUUUUGAUUCAUUGCCGAAAAGCAGCAGUCAGGACUUUCAUUCGUUGGCUCUAGGAGAGCUGAACAAGAAUUUAAUGAGACAUGUUCCUGCAGGAUCACAAGUUGUCAAUCUGCUUGUUGGCGAGAUAAAUGACCUGGACAGAAUUACUGCAGCUUUUAUACGAACCAAGGAUCCCUGUAACCUUGGUUACAUCACUGAGGUUGAUCUUCAUACAAAAUUUAUGUUUAUUGUGCUGGGUCCGAAGCAAUACCUUGGGCAUUGCGCUGAGAUGAGUCGAUGUAUGGGUGCAAUGUUCACCGAUGAGAUAUUCCGUUGUGUAGCAUACAGAUGUAAGGAUAGGACUGACUUAUUAUGUGGAAUACAGGAGUUUUCUCUGCACCUUACAGUACUACCGCCAGGUGUCUGGGACCCAUCGACAAGAAUAGAACCUCCGGAAGAACUGCCGCCACAGCAUUACAGAAAAACUCCCGGACCUUUGACUUCCAGUAAUAGCAAACUAUCUCUGGAAAAGACUGACAAAAAGUCAGAAAACAGUACAAAAGAAGAAGAGAGUCAUGUAGACCGAACUGAGGAAGAGAGUCAGGUAGACCAAACUCUAAAACGGACAGGCAGAUUAUUUGGAGGUUUGCUACAAGACAUUAAAAGAAAGAUUCCGUAUUACAAGAGUGAUUUCAAAGAUGCCUUUCACAUACAGUGUAUUGCAUCCUUCUUCUUUCUCUUCCUGGCGACCUUGACCCCGAACGUUACCUUUGGUGGUCUACUUGGACAAGCUACGGACAACUAUAUGGGUACCAUGGAGUGUGUUCUGUCGGCAGCUGUUUCCGGAGUAUUGUUUGCUUUAUGCUCUGGACAACCGUUGAACAUUCUGGGAAGCACUGGUCCUAUGCUUGUCUUAGAAGGAGUCCUGUACACGUUUUGCCAUGAUCAAGGGUGGGAUUUUCUACCAUUCCGUGCUUGGGUUGGAUUCUGGACUGGUUUCUUUAUACUACUGAUUGUCGCCCUUGACCUUAGUGCUCUUGUUCGAUACAUUACAAGAUUUACAGAGGAAAGCUUUGCAUGCCUGAUCGCCUUGAUAUUCAUCUACGAAGCUUUCAAGAAAACCUUCGAGAUUCAGAAAGACUCUCCAGUUCAUUUCAGUCCCCCUUCUAAUUACAUAGGAUGUCUCUGUGUAAUUAACGACUGUACUAAGAAAAAUCUCAAUCUCAACAAUAGUGUAACUUCCACACAAGUAACUACGAACAUUCGGGACAGUGUCAGUGUGAAUCUCACCAGUGUUGGGAUGUCUAGUACAACGAUGGAACCAGCUACUAAAUCUGUAUCAGAAUACGAGUCUGAAUGUUUGCGUCUUGGAGGAGUCACUUCCAGUGAUUCAUGUGAGAGUGCAUACAUACCGGAUGUUUUCUUUUUCUCGUUACUUCUUUUCUUUGGAACAUACUUCCUUGCAACCGUGCUUGUGCAUUUCAGAGAAAGCCUGUUCUUUCCAAUGUUUAUUCGACAAAAUGUUAGUGACUUUGCUGUCCUGAUUUCAAUAGUCAUCAUGGUUGUGAUUGAUGCUGUGUGCGAUUUACCGACACCAAAACUGCAUGUACCUGCAGAAUUCAAGCCAACACGACCUGGACGAUCUUGGUUUAUCAACCCGAUAAGUGACAAAAACCCAUGGUGGGUGAUACUAGUUAGUGCACUUCCGGCAAUACUAGAAACCAUUCUCAUUUUCAUGGACCAGCAAAUCACAGCUGUUAUUGUAAAUAGAAAAGAGAACCAAUUGAAGAAAGGUUCAGGAUACCAUUUAGACAUGUUGAUUGUUGGAAUACUUGUUGUAGUCCUUGGGGUGUUAGGGUUACCAUGGUUCGUAGCCGCCACAGUCACUGCGCUUGCGCACAUCAUGAGUUUAAGGAAGGUAUCCGAAUGUACUGCUCCCGGUGAAAAACCAGUCUUCCUCGGUGUACGGGAGCAAAGAGUGGCAGCAUUACUUGUCGGUAUUUUCAGUGGGCUAGCUGUUUUGUUUACGUCAGUUUUACGUCACAUUCCAAUGCCAGUCCUCUAUGGAGUAUUUUUAUAUAUGGGUGUAGCUCCCCUUUCUGGCAUGCAGUUGAUACAGAGAAUUCUUAUCAUAUUCAUGCCGACAAAGUACCAGCCGGACUAUUCCUACAUCCGGAACGUGCCAAUCAGACGUGUUCAUCUCUUCACUCUGAUUCAAGUCAUUUGUUUGGCCGUACUGUGGGUGGUCAAAAGUGUAAAAGUCAUCUCCAUUGGAUUUCCACUUAUGGUUUUGAUAAUAUGCUUUAUACGUAAAGCAUUAGACAGGGUAUUUACGCAACGAGAACUGAGCUGGCUUGAUGACAUACUACCGGCACAACAAGCUUUAUUUGAACGUCAGGUGCAUGAUAAACUUUCAACCAUUCCUGAACCCGUAAAGGAACCUGAAACACCAGUGUCUACUGAGGAGAAGAAUUUUUUUUCUGAAAUUAGCGGAAUAUCUGGCGGGGAGGCAUUUGGACGACGAGCAGGUGCAACGUUCGUCUGCAAGACUGACAUUGAUAGGAUAAAAGCCAUGACACCGGAAGUUAUCAGAAGCAGACGACAGUCGCUUUCAAUGGUGGCCAAGCGUAAGCAGGACAUUGGUAGAGUAAGACAAGGAGGUGAUAGUCGCAGAUUUUCGACUCCUCUUUUGUUUGCAAGGAAAAUGUCAGUAGAUGUUUCCUCCGGAAUACUCGAAAAUCCUCCAGUAGAACGGCAAAGAAGACAACAUAGGUCGAUGUCGUUACCAGCAACCAUUGUUGAUGUAAGCGACGAGGAGCAGUCGUCUGAUGCGGAUGACACAGAAGUUGAAUGUCAUUCUGAAAUAACAAAGUUUUAGGCGCAUUAUAUUUAUUCGCAUCUGUCGCAUAAUCACAUUUUGAUUUUAGUUAACAUGAAGCACCACAUAUAUUUAUGCAGGACGAAGAUUCUUAUUCUUAAACUUACAUAGUGAAACCUUAUUGAAAGAAAGUGACAACACAUAUUUUAAGAACUAUUCAAUGUAUAACUUUAUAAAUAAAAGUUCAGAAAGAGCUUCUGGUGGAGCAUCAAUUUGAAUAAAUAAUGCAUGUCCGCAUAGAGAAAUUGUUUUGGAUGCUACUAUUCAGUUAGUUGCAUUACAUUUUACUAUGCAUCGACCUAUCAUAUUUUGUUCAAUAUAUAUACCUCCAAAAUAUAAACUUAAUCUCGAAGAAAUUGACCACCUUAUCAAUCAACUUUUAUUCUGUUGGGAGAUUUCAAUGGUCAUCAUGAAUUUUGGGGCUGUUCUGACAGCAAUACUAGAGGUCAAAUUAUUAAAACAUUUAUUGAGAGAAAUUCUCUCUGAUUAUUAAAUGAUAAAUCCAAAACUUACCUUCAUCCUGCAACAGGACACUACUCUUCUCUCGGUUUAUCAAUUUGCCAACCAAUCUCUUUUUUUUUACUUUGAAUUGAGGGUGCUGGAUGACUUACAUGGCUGUGAUCAUUUUUCGAUUAUCUUAUCAAGUAUCUGUCAACAAACGUCAGAUCAUCCAUCUUAUUUAAAUUAAUAAAGCUGAUUGGCAACAAUAUCAGUCUUUAUGUAAAAAUGAUUCGACAUUGGAGAAUUUCACAACUUUUAAUGAUCCUGUUGAUCGGUUUUCUGUUAUUUUAUCCGUUAUUGCAGACAAGUCCAUUCCGAAAACUUAAAAAAAUAGUAAACCUAGAAAUAAACCAUGGUUUAACGAUGAUUGUAAGACCACUGUUCGAAAACGUUAAGCGGCCAUUAAAAAUUAAUAUAAGGCCGACAAAAGACAAUCUACAAUCAGUCAAGGUUCCGAGAGCAAAAGCUCGCAGAACUAUAAAACAAGCAAAGAAAACGUCGUGGCAUUCAUACGUCUCUAAACUUAAUUCUAGGUCGUCGGUUAAAAAAUUCUGGGAAAUGAUUCGUAAAAUAAGUGAAAAAGGAAAACCUUCCAAUGUUCCUCAUUUAACAAAAUCAGACCAGUCUAUUGCAUCUGCCAAAGAGGACAUUGCCAAUACUUUUGCUGAAACGUUUUCAAAAAACUCUUCCUCAAAUAAUUAUGAUCAACGUUUUCAAAACAUUAAUUCAACUAAAGAAAGUAAACAUGUAAAUUUUGAUUCAAAUAAUGAUGAAGAUUAUAAUAAACCAUUUUCGCUCACAGAAUUACUUGACUCUCUAGACAAAUGUCACGAUACUGCAGCUGGUCCAGACCAAAUUCAUUAUCAAGUUUUAAAACAUUUACCACAAG